CGAAGGAUUACGGACUUUUUCUCGCCGACGAAGACGUGAAGAAAGGCGUUUGGCUGGAGCCUGGUCGUAACUUGGAUUAUUACAUAUUGAGAAACGGCGAUCUACUCGAGUAUCGUCGAAAACUGCGAACACUUCGCGUGCGAAUGUUGGAUGGAACAUUGAAAACGAUACUGGUGGAUGAUAGUCAGCCAGUCGCUAAUUUGAUGGUAGUCAUCUGCACAAAAAUCGGUAUAACAAACCACGACGAGUACUCAUUAGUGCGCGAGUUACCCGAGGAGGAGACGGAGAACCAAAAGCCGGGAAACUUUGGCACAUUGACCUUGAAAAGGAGGAAGGAGGACAAGGGUGAAAGGGACGCGAAGAUGGACCAACUGAGGAAAAAGUUGAAGACCGACGACGAAGUGAACUGGAUAGAUCCGAGUAAGACUUUACGCGAGCAAGGGAUAGACGAGUCAGAGACAGUGCUGUUGCGUCGAAAAUUCUUCUUUUCGGAUCAGAAUAUCGACAGCCGGGAUCCAGUGCAAUUAUCACUUUUGUACGUGCAAGCUAGAGACGCUAUAUUGGAUGGGACUCACCCAGUUACAGAAGAGAAAGCCUGUACCUUCGCUGGGAUACAAUGUCAGAUACAAUUUGGUGAUCACAAAGAAGACAAACACAAGCCCGGCUUCCUUGACCUGAAAGAAUUCUUGCCGCAGUCCUACCUGAAAGUAAAGGGUAUCGAGAAGAAAAUAUUCGCAGAUCACAAAAAACACAUCGGUCUGUCCGAACUGGAUGCGAAAGUCUUGUACACGAAAACGGCCAGAUCUUUAAGCACUUACGGCGUCACAUUCUUUCUGGUAAAGGAGAAAAUGAAGGGUAAAAACAAAUUGGUGCCGCGUUUGUUAGGCGUUACUAAGGAUUCAGUUUUAAGAUUGGACGAAAAGACAAAAGAAAUAUUGAAAACGUGGCCAUUGACUACAGUUCGUCGUUGGGGCGCUUCUCCUAACACGUUUACUCUCGAUUUUGGUGAUUAUUCGGAUCAGUAUUACUGUGUACAGACCACAGAAGCUGAACAGAUACUUCAAUUAAUCGCUGGUUAUAUUGAUAUUAUUCUGAAGAAACAAAAAGCUAAGGAUCAUUUUGGGAUCGAGGGAGACGAGGGGUCUACAAUGGUCGAAGAUAGCGUUUCGCCGUUAAAGUAA